GACCCCUAGUGCAAGCAGAUAAAAAGGAAAAAAGGGCUCUAUCAGAACCAAAUUGCUGAGCCUGUCACCUGUGUUCCAGGAGCUAAACCAGCAAUGUCUUCCCCUGCUCAACCUGAAGUCCCUGCCCCGCUGGCAAACUUGAAGAUCCAAUAUACCAAGAUCUUCAUAAACAAUGAAUGGCAUGACUCAGUAAGUGGCAAGAAAUUUCCUGUCAUUAACCCCGCAACUGAGGAGGUCAUCUGCCAUGUGGAAGAAGGGGACAAGGCAGAUAUUGACAAAGCCGUGAAGGCUGCACGGCAAGCUUUUCAGAUUGGUUCCCCAUGGCGCACCAUGGAUGCUUCAGAAAGAGGGCGCCUACUGUACAAACUGGCUGACUUAAUGGAAAGAGACCGUCUGCUGCUGGCUACAUUGGAGGCAACUAAUGGUGGGAAAGUCUUCGCCAGUUCAUACUUGUUUGAUUUAGGAGGCUGCAUCAAAGCAUUGAAGUACUGUGCAGGCUGGGCAGACAAGGUCCAUGGUCAAACAAUACCAAGUGACGGAGAUAUUUUCACUUACACAAGACGUGAACCAAUUGGGGUGUGUGGCCAAAUCAUUCCUUGGAAUUUCCCAUUGCUCAUGUUCAUUUGGAAGAUUGGCCCAGCCCUUGGCUGUGGGAACACUGUGAUUGUCAAACCAGCAGAGCAAACUCCUCUCACUGCUCUUUACAUGGCAUCUUUAAUAAAAGAGGCAGGGUUUCCUCCUGGCGUGGUAAACAUUGUCCCUGGUUAUGGACCAACUGCAGGGGCAGCCAUCUCUUCUCAUAUGGACAUAGACAAGGUGGCCUUCACGGGAUCAACACAGGUUGGCAAAUUAAUCAAAGAAGCUGCAGGGAAAAGCAAUCUGAAGAGGGUCACCCUGGAGCUUGGGGGAAAGAGCCCCUGCAUUGUGUUUGCAGAUGCUGACUUGGACACAGCUGUAGAGUUCGCACAUUAUGGGGUGUUCUACCAUCAAGGCCAAUGUUGUGUAGCAGCAUCCAGGCUCUUCGUUGAGGAGUCAAUUUAUGAUGAAUUUGUGAGAAGGAGUGUUGAGAGAGCUAAGAAGUACGUUCUUGGAAAUCCUCUGAACUCAGGAAUAAAUCAAGGCCCUCAGAUUGACAAGGAACAGCAUGAUAAAAUACUUGAUCUCAUUGAGAGUGGGAAGAAAGAAGGAGCCAAACUGGAGUGUGGUGGUGGACGCUGGGGGAACAAGGGCUACUUUGUCCAGCCCACAGUGUUCUCCAAUGUUACUGAUGAUAUGCGCAUUGCCAAAGAGGAGAUAUUUGGACCAGUGCAGCAGAUCAUGAAAUUUAAAUCUCUAGAUGAUGUGAUCAAGAGAGCGAACAAUACUAGCUAUGGCCUAGCAGCAGGAGUCUUCACGAAAGACCUGGAUAAGGCCAUCACCGUGUCUUCUGCUCUGCAGGCUGGGGUAGUGUGGGUAAAUUGCUACAUGAUGUUGUCAGCCCAGUGCCCCUUUGGUGGAUUCAAGAUGUCUGGAAAUGGACGUGAACUGGGUGAGCAUGGUAUUUAUGAAUACACUGAGCUCAAGACAGUUGCCAUAAAAAUCUCUCAGAAGAACUCCUAAAGAAGCCAGAAGAGUGAAGAGAAAACCUUCAACAAUGACUCUACAUGUCCUAUAGUCACCAGUAUAGUGGUGUUUUCAUUUAACUCUUCCCUCUAUUGAUUUCUUAAACGUAAGCGAUUCAUCAGUACUAAUGUCACCUGUAGAAAACUUGUAGCUUAAUCUAAAAGAAUCAUUGGCCUUCUAAUAUGGGAACCCAAUUCAUACCAUAGAUUAAAAGGAUAGAUUUAGGUGCAAGCUCUCUGUGACUCUGUCAUGGUCAGUUGAUUUCCAUUGUAGAAUGUUUAGAAUAUUUACCUGGUAAGGAGGACCAGUUGUGGUUUAAGCUCUGUCCCUCAGUGACUCCUUGAAUUACUCAAUCUGCACAAUGACCGCAGAGUAAGUUGCUCUGUUCCCUGUGGUUGUCCCCUCUGAGUGCGGUGAAUCUAGCUGGAAUUAGAAUGCAAAACUUAAUAAAGGCACCCUUGCAUGA